UUAACACGUAACAUGGCAGGUGGUGUGUUUUCAGACAUAUUGCCGUGUAGAAUGAGCCUGUGGACUCAAGUGAGCAGACAGUCCAAGAAGCUGACACUAUGCUACACACGUCUCAUGUCUUCCUUUCGUUAUGAGGACCUACAAAUCACCCUAACAGACAAACCACAGAAGAAGCCUGACAAUGACAAGCUCAAGUUUGGCGCCCACACAGCUGACCACAUGCUGGAGAUUGACUGGUCAGCUGAGGAUGGCUGGGGGGUGCCGCAGAUUAGACCCGUGACCCCACUACAGAUCCACCCCGCUGCCAAGGUCCUGCACUAUGCUUGUGAGCUAUUUGAAGGUAUGAAGGCUUACAGAUGUGUUGACAACAAAAUCCGAAUGUUCAGGCCAAUGGAAAACAUGAAGCGCAUGUCUCGUUCUGCCAAAAGAUCAGCAUUACCAGAUUUUGACAAACACGAGCUUCUGAAAUGUAUAAAGAAAUUGAUCAGCGUUGACCAAGAGUGGGUUCCUUAUUCUGACAAAUGUACCUUGUAUGUCAGACCUACUUUUAUAGGUACUGAGCCUACACUAGGUGUGACUGAAUCAAAUAUGGCCAAACUUUUCGUCAUCACUGGGCCGGUUGGCCCAUACUUCCCUACAGGCAUGAAGCCUGUGAGUCUCCUAGCUGACCCACAGUAUGUCAGGGCGUGGCCUGGGGGUUGUGGCAACUACAAAAUGGGCAGCAAUUAUGCACCAACUACAGCAAUCCAGUCCAUAGCAGUAAAGAAACAUGACUGCCAACAAGUGUUAUGGCUGUUUGGAGAGGACCACCAGAUGACAGAAGUGGGCACCAUGAACUUGUUUGUCUUCUGGGUCAAUGAAAAAGGAGAGGAGGAGUUGAUCACCCCACCACUGGAGACAGGUAUGAUCUUACCUGGGGUAACAAGAAAAUCUCUGCUGGAGUUGUCCAGACAAUGGGAUGAAUUUAAAGUGUCUGAGCAGGUGAUAACAAUGAAAAUGUUCAUCAAAGCUUUAAAUGAAGGAAGGGUGAAGGAGGUGUUUGGUGCAGGUACGGCAUGCGUCGUCUGCCCAGUCAGCAAGAUACUCUACCAGGGCCAGGAGCUGAAAAUAGAUGCUGGGAAAGUAGAUUGUUUGACACAGAGAUUCUACAAGGAGAUCAAUGACAUACAUUUUUACCGCAAGCCCCAUCACUGGAUGGAGUGGGUGGAAGAUGAGAAAGAAAUUUCAUUCAGAUCUGCCGGCGCCCAGGUUUGAGAAGUCAGGUGAACGCCCUACUUUACAUCGACAGACCUGCAUGGACCUGAUUCAAGUGUCAGGAUGCCCUUGUAUAGUGUUUGUGUUUUAACUUCCAUUAGUAUUAAGAGAGGAGAUACUCCUUUUUUGUCCUGACUAACUUAAGUUGUACCAAAAUAACAACAAUAAGUAUUAACCUAGUUUUUUUUAUAUAAUGUUGUAAGUUUUAUUAAAUUAUUCCAGGUGCAUAAUUUUUUUUUGUCUUUGUACAUAGUUAAGGUUUUAGAGAAAGUCCCUUGUUGAAAUAAAUACUCUAGUUAUUUAAAUAGCGCCAAGUUUUUCUGAAGUUGUUUUAUUCCCUCUUGCUUUGAUAAAUACGCAUAAUGAUUUGUGUUAGAGAGCUGUAUUGAGAAAAACAAGCUCGUUAAUAAAUACAUUAAAUUUUCAUAUAAAGCUUAAUUAAUCACAUUAACUGUGAUCCUAUUUUGAAUUACUGGUAAAAGUAAUUUUCAUUUGUUAAUAUUUAAUUUGAGCUCCUUGAACAAUGAAUCUCAAUUGAUAUUGUGGCUCUUAUUUAAGAUGCAAGAAUGCUUACUGAUGCCGCCAGUAAAAUUUAAAUAGAAUUCUCCAGUCCAUUUCAUUUUUUCAGGUGUAUUUAUACUAAUUGUUUUACUCCAGUUCAUUUAGUGAUUUAUUCAUAGAUGUUUAGAUUUUAAAUCUUGUUUAAUUGAAUAAAAAAAUUCUGUUAAUCUGUAAAAUCCCAACUGUUAAUCUGUCAAAUAAGGUGAAUUAUUUUUUAUUUUUUUUUGCUGUUGAAAAUUAUGUAAGGUAGGCUAAUUAAGCAAACUACCUAACGAGAAGGCAGCUCGUGAGAGAUUUUUUAAAUGAAACUCCAAUGCUCUAUUCGUAGCAUCGCCUGUUCUAGAGCCAGUUCAUGAUAUGUGUCAAGUCUUCAAACAGUAAAGUCCCCAUUAUCUGUGACAGUUAUUUUCAUUGUUGUUGUCGUCUUUUGUUUCGACUGUAUAGUAAACACAUGCAGUAAGUCCCCUUUUUUGUGAAAUCAUUGUACAUUUAUACUUAUAAUGUCAAUAAUACAAGCAAUCAGAACACUCAUGUAUAAUAUUAGAAUAAUAGAAUAUAAAUAUUUUACGAAUGUUUAAACAUAUUUUGCACUAAUUUAAUAUUGGAAAGAGAUUUAUAAACUCCUUUUUAUCAAGAUUAUUUUUUUUGGACAAUCUGCAUUUGUCCUCUAUACAGUCUGAGUUUCAUCCAUUAUUCAACAAUUUUGUGAGCAAAAAAAAAGCAUAUGUAAGCUUGUCAAAAUAUAUUUGGGCUUUCAUUUCCUGACCAAUCAUCGACUGCCUUUAACUAUCACAGAAUGUUGAUCCACUUGUCUGGUGUAUACCUUGUAAUGAUACGAUUUCAUAAUUUAAAUUCAAAUAAUACAACCAGUUGCAGAAUUAAAAAUAAAUUUUUAGCUAACUUUACUAAUGCUCGAUUUUUUAAAACUAAUUUCUUAAAAGCAUUACAAAUUUUAACAAUUUUAAGUUAUGUGUAAAUUUAGAAACGGACAGUUUUUUUUUUCUUUUUAAGUUGGUAUUCUGAAUUGAAAAUCAGAUUUUAUCUAAUUAUAAUUGUGGAUUUUUUAACAAAGAUUUUCACUUUUUUUGAUAGUUAAAGUUAAAGAUUGGUCUUUAGUGUUCUAUACUGUACAUUAUGAAAUGUAAUGAAAUAUUGUUUUGGGUAACAAUUUUUUUAUCAUAAUAAAUUGGCAGUCACUGCAUUAUUUUGAAAUUAUUUUGAAAGCAUUUUGUUUUCUGACACUACUCAGCAUGACAAAUUUUUUAUUUAUUAUUAUUAUAUAUUUUUGACAUUUUUAAAAAAAUUAAAUUAUAUGAUGAUAAAAACUAAAGUAAAAGAGAGAAAAAAUAAGACCUCAAGAUAUAAAACAUCAUAUUGUGUCUAAUUAAUUGUUUUUUAAUUUAGCUUUAAUCUCUGUUUGCAAUUUACAGCAUUAAAAACAAAAUUAUUUGUUUAAAUAGAUGCAAAAAAUAGCCCACUGUUUGUUGUCACUUAGAAAAAUCCACUACAUAGAACAAUUUACUUUGCUGUGUGUAGUAAAUUUUCCUUGUUCAAACUUGAAGUUGUUUUUUUUAUUUUUUGACUAUUUUUUUUUAUUUUUCAGUUGUUGUAAAGAGCAUAAUUACUGACAAAGAUGACGUUAUAAUUUUUUCAAAAGUUAUUCCAAAUUUUUUUUUACUUUCCUGUUUUAAUAUUGCACUCUAUUUUCUAGUGGAAGAAAACACCUGAACUGUAUGCAUGUUACCUGACAUAUAUCCAGUGGCGUCACAAGUGGGUUAAGGGUGACACUCAGCUGAAAAAUUGUAAAAUUUACUGUACAAAAAACAAUGUUUUACAUGAUAGCAAAAUAGUAGGGGAAGAUAGGUGACACCAAACCAAAACUGCAGAAAUAUUGGAGGGGGGUGGGAUGACGCCCUCAGUUACCACACAGGGUGAUAUCUUAUCAAGUGAUGCCACUGCGAAUAUGGAUGAUUUUAAACUAUAUGACCUUAUCACUAAAAUGAAUGGAUUUGCCUUUUAAAAAGUAAAACCCGCAAUAACUUUUUUAUUCUCAUUGACCCUGUUCUCUGAAGAGUCAUGCUUUAUAGUUAUUUUAAUUUCCUUUAUAACAGCUAUCUAAUAUUCUAAUAAAGUGGUUUUCUGCACUGAGUGUAGUUGUGCUUGCUAGUUAUUUUAUUUUGCCUUUAUCACAGUCAUCUAAUACAGUAGUUUUCUACACAGUGUGUUAGCAAAAUUUACGUCAAUUUUUUUUAAAAUUGAUUUUAUUGACAGUUUACUAAUUGCUUUGUUUUAAUAUAUCCUCCCCUGUUUUCUGGUAAUCUAAACUUUGUUGAAUAUGUUGAAAUAACAUCCAAGUUAAUGUAUAUAUCUAAAACAUUUGCUUGCUUUAUUAUGAUUUUAUGUUUCUUUUAGUUCUUCGACAUUAUUCUCCCACUGAAUAAUCUGUCCACACAACCUAUGAAUUGUUUUCUUUAAGCUGAAGUGUUUUGAAUAUUAAUACCGGUACUUGUACAAUUACAUAAUUACUGUUAUCACAUGUGUUGUAUGAUAGUUAAGUUUUCAUACUGCUAUUGUAUCAUAAAACAUGUUGUAAUGGAGUUUGGCUUGUUUAACAUGAUUGCUGACCCCCAAGGGUCAAGUUUGUGCUGUAUAACAUGAUUGCUGAUUAAAAUAGCAGCUAUGCAAAGUUGUUGUCACAUUUGUUCACAAUCAAGGCAAAAA